UUGUGCAACACACCACAAAAACCAAGACAAAAAAGGAAAUAUGCAAGUAGGCAAAAAACAGACCAACAAUAUGAUAACACGUUUCCCAUUAUCAACAGAUUGUGAGGCCAAACUUGGUAGCUUUAUCACCAUCACCAUCACCAUCACCCUCUCCAGCCACCAACAACACAAGACCACAUCCUCCUCUUCUUCUCUUCUACCCUAAUUUCCACCAAAACAACAACACAACCACUCAAACCCUAAUCCACGUUUUCCGAUCCAAUCCAUUCAAGUAAAGCAGCUAAAAUGAGUCGUCCACAGGACCCACCCCGAUCAUUCUUCCCUUUUGGAAAUCCUUUCAGGAUGAUAGCACCCAAAGGCACUAAGCUGUCUCCACAACUGCUGGAAGUAAUAUGUAAUUUUGAGGCAAAAUUGGAAGAGAGGAUGAAAAAGCUUAUUCCCAAAAGCAAGGAUGAAAUCCUCUGCUUGUCUUGGAUGACUUCGGCCAUGCAGGCACUUUGUGAGAGUCAUAAUGACAUUAAAACCCUCAUAGAUAAUCUUGAGCUUCCUGUGCAUGAUUGGGAUGAGAAAUGGAUAGACGUGUACUUGGACAUCAGUGUGAAAUUGCUAGAUGUAUGCAUUGCAUUUAGUUCCGAGUUAUCACGUCUAAACCAGGGUCAGCUUUUACUUCAGUGCGCAUUGCAUCAUUUAGACGAAUCCUCUUCAAAGCAGUUUGUUCGGGCCAGUUCUUCACUUGAUGGUUGGAGGCAGCAUAUUGGUUCUCAAAAUCCUAGGAUUGAGAAAUGUGGCAAUAUUUUGGAGGAUCUCAAGGGAUCACUUGAUCUUCUAAAGGUUAAAAAGUCAGCCAAAGGGAAGGUUUUGAUGCAGGCUAUUUAUGGAGUAAAGGCGCUGACAGUAUUUGUUUGCAGUGUGUUUGCUGCGGUUUUUUCAGGUUCUACAAAGAAUUUGCUUGACUUGGAUGUGGCUGACAUGCAUUCUUGGGCUCCAGCUUUUAAAAGUUUGCAGAAUGUUGUAAAUGAGGAAAUUAGAGUUAGAUUUUCAAGUGGGAGAUUAAUGGUCUUGAGCGAGCUGGAAGCGGUUGAUUCCUCUGUGAAGGAAUUAUAUCCUACUAUUCAAGGUGUUGAUGUAGAUACCAUUGAGUCAGAAUCACUUGUCAAAAUUGUUGAGAAGUUUGGCAGAGAAACAGAGAAGCUCUCACAAGGAUUAGAUCUUCUUGCAAAGGAAGUGGAUGGCUUUUUCCAAGUAGUCUUGUCUGGUCGUGAUGCUUUGCUAUCUAAUCUGAGGUCAGGUGCAACCUUCAAUGACAGCAUCUUGGGGGGUAACAGAGAUGCACAAGCAGUCAAUUGAAUAUGUUGCAGCUUAAGUCUGGUACAUACUGAUAGACCUUGGUAUUGGGUUUUAUGUUUCAUGAUUGAUAAUGGUGUUCAAUCUUGUUUGGCGUAUGGUAUUCAAGUUAGCAUGAGUAAUAGGUUAUAUGAAUGUACUACUAAGCUGAAAUGUAUAUUUAAUAUGUUAUGUGUAAUGUUGUACAAUAAAAUAUAUAUAAAAGGAGUUGUUUUGCUUA